AUGCUUCAAGAGUACUUGAGAAAUCAAGAAGAGAGUACAAAGAAGAUGGAGAGGAGAAUCGAUUUCAUCCAUGAGAGCCUUGGAAACAAAUCUGAAGUCCUAUUCAAGCAAGUGAUCAAGCUUGAUGAAGACAUUAAGAAGAUCAUCUCAUGCCAAUUACAAGAGAGAGAGGAGUCCAACACCCAACCACCCUCCCUUUUAUUGCAAUGCCAUCACAAGAAGAAGCACUACCAAGUCCAUGAGGACAAUGAAGAAGAAGAAAGAGAGUAUGAGGAACAACUGAAUGAUGAAGAUGAAGAGCAGAGCAUCGACAUCAAUGCUUCUCCAAAACAGAGCAAGGAUACACCUAGCCCUAGACCCUCGUUUCUCACCAACACCAAGAAGUCAAGCUUCUACACUUCCAAGAUUGGAAGCAAUGCAAAGACCAUCACCACCUACUGA